CAUUCAUCUCUCUACCUUUUCACCUUCAUCAUUUUCUGCUAAUCACUUCGAUUCGAUGAUGAUGGCUCAGUCCGUUGGUGGAUGCCGCCUUGAAGACGGAGCCUUACAAGCCGUCGUUCAUGGAUCCUCAACCCGUGAUUCCGCCGCCGCCGCCGCUGGUUUCGGAGCGUUUGACGGUCGUGUGUCGCCGGACGAGGAUUUCGGGGUGUUUGAGGAUGUUGUCGGGUCGGAGAUGACUAGGAUUUGGAACAGUGAUGAACUGGAAGAGCUUUACAAGCCAUUCUACAACCCAGUAGUCUGUGCUUCUUCGCCCGUUUGUUUCCCUAAAGAAGUCAACGAACAACAGGCGGUGGAAUUACAAGAUGAUUAUCAGAUGCAGCCGCCGGCUGCUCCUCCGGCGACGGCGGUUUAUGUGCCUAAAUAUAAAAGAAGGAAAAGUGAGCAUAAAAGAGUGGUGCUUCAGGUACCACUUGAAGAGCUUUCUGAUGAUAAGUGGGCUUGGCGAAAAUAUGGCCAAAAACCUAUCAAAGGUUCACCAUAUCCAAGGAGCUAUUACCGGUGUAGCAGCUCAAAAGGUUGUCUGGCGAGGAAACAAGUGGAGAGAAGCUGUAGCGAACCUGGGAUGUUCAUCGUAACCUACACGGCGGAGCACUGCCACAGCCAGCCGACCCGCCGGAAUUCGCUAGCCGGGACCAUCAGGAACAAGUUUCCUACGCCGGCGGCCUCAAAAAAACCCCAAGAUAAUUAUUCAAGUGAAGACCCUCCGGCAUCAUUCAUGUCGCCGGCGUUUUCGUCGUCGGUUGUUUCUCCGGCGACGGUAAAAGAGGAGGAGAAAAAUGAGUACAAUAUUAAUAAUGUGAAAUACGACGUGGAGGAUGAUUUCUUUGCUGGGUUAGAUGAUCUUGAUGGACUUAUUUCUCACUUUUCUUCUGCCUGUGAUCAAUCUUUUCUCUAUAGCUAGCCCGACCCGACUUAGGGAGGGAGAGAGAGAAAAUUAUAAAAUUAUAAGUUUUUGAUACUUUGUAGUUUGUAGCUAGCUAGUCAUCAUUCGUCAGCUUUGUACAUUAUCCCAUCUCAUGAAGAGAUCAUUUAGUAAUUUUAUUUAUGUUGUUUAUUUA